AUGAUAGGGUAUGUUCCAAACCACGCCGAGCUCCUUGAGAAGGUCGGCGUCCGCGCGCUCAUCAACGGCGUGCUGGACGAGUUACUUGCGCUUGCCAAAGCGCAGGAUUGCAUUUUCCCUGCCGACUUUCGGGAAACAACCUUCCAGAAGAUGAUGCAGCCACAGGAGAACAACAGCACCAUGUGGCUCGACUUUGAGGCCAAGCGUCCCAUGGAGAUUGAAACUUACCUGGGCUCUCCAUUGAAGCUCGCUCAGGAAUCUGGUGUCCCUGUUCCUCGCAUUGAGAGUCUCUACGCUAUUCUCCAUCACAUCAACAUUGCCAACCGCAACAAGCCUGCUGCGGCUCCUGCGGCUCUUCCUACCAAUGGAAUGCAGGGUCCGCCACCUCCAAGGCUAUCAUCAGCCCCGUUGCCACGGGGACCGCCUGGUCCUGGAGGACCCAUGAUGAACGGCAAUGGGCCAAUGAUGAACGGCAACGGUCCAAUGAAGGGUGGUCCACGUCCCGGCAGUCGGGCUCCUUCCAUCAAUGGAGCUCCCCCCAUGCGCCGUGGGCCUCCCCCAGGCCCGAACGGAUACCCCCCACAGAUGAACGGCAGGGGCAUGGGUCCACGGAGACCCUCGUUCGAAGACAGCAACAACCUCGAGGAGUUCUCGCAUCUGAUGCUCUACGAUGACAUGUUGGAGGGCGGAGGUCCUGGGGCCGGCCCUUACGAAAGCGCUGGCAACUCAUCUACCAACCUCUCAAUUCGCGAACGCGAGCUCAUGCUGAGGCAACGUCCCGGCAUGGGCCCAGGAAUGGGUCCAGGAAUGGGACGUGGCCGACCCCAGCCACCUCCUUCAAUGGGUGGCUACGAUGACGACGAUGAUGAAGACGACUACUUUGACCCGAUGGGUGGCCGUGCCCCAGGGUCACAAAUCGACACUGAUAACUUCGAUAUGAUGAGUGUCACAUCACGUCGCAACCGCAAGGCACCAAGCGCUAGUCAGAUUCGGAAGAACCCUGAAGGUGGCUUUGCUCCUCAGCACGGCAACGGACGCUCAAGGAAUCCGUUCGCCCGUCCCGGCAUGAACAAGAACCGCAACAGCGGUAUAACUUCGAUUCCGGGUCUACACGACAGUAUAAUGAAUAACCCUCUCAUGGGCUAUUCAUCUAAUCGCUACGGAGACGUUGACCGCGGCGCCAUGGGCGCGCAAUCAAGAACCAAUUCACUAACAACAGCCCGCUUAGAUGAGAUGGGUGGAAGCUACGGUCCUUAUCCUCCCAACAGUCGACGGACAAGCCAGUCUCCCGGCAACCCACUCAGCCCUGGUCCCAGGCCAAUGGGCCGGCCAUCUCCUCCCAACGGCUACGCGCCGAACGGUAUGCCGCCAAAUGGUAUGCCGCCCAAUGGACGCCCCUCCCCUCCGGGUAUGAGGCAGCCAAUGCCGCGACAUCCUCAAGGCAUGGGGAACAUGGUGGCACCACAACAAGUUGAACAACACGCUGGGCAAUGAGUCCAGUGGUAGCGCUCAAUUAGAUUCCGAAAACUCUGCGCACAGUAGCCAGAUAAGCCUGGGACCACGGCCCCCUCUCGGCGUCCGGUAAUAGACAGGAUCUACCGUCCAUAUUUGGGGGGAUCACCUUGGGCCAUGUUGAAAGGUUACUUGGACCGCAUAUCCAUCCGACGACGCUACACGAAUCUACCUACUGUCGCCUCGCGAUCACCUACCACCCGAAACUGCUUCUUAGCAGACCUGAUCAAUCACACUCUCUUCAACUCGCACAUUCAUCUUUCACUGCUGUUCAGCCAUCGAAACCGGGCUGAACGAGCCUCAUGACGGCCAGGGGCUGACACUUAAUGACGAAUAUUAGAAUAUGGGUCCGGUGGGACAUUUGCACGUAUACAGUCCAGCUCUGUUAUAGAGCUGUUGCUUCAGGUUUUCUUUUGUCUUUCGUAGUACAUAUUGUAAAUGCCGUUCACCCGGUGGCACUCCUUUUCGACUGGCACCCGCUAAUCAUGGUUUCUUUUGCAUGGGCUGCACAGUGGGGUUUGGCAUGUUCCAAUAGGAGUUCUUCUGAUACAAGCACAUGUUCUUGGUUUUGGGCAUCUAUCUCAGCCAGAGACGGCAUCUCAUUUCAUGGUGCUGUAUCUACUGACAGAGUGUACUACUAUCUAUUCCUCAAGCGACACUGUUAGGACGGAACUUGAAAGUCGAGAGUCGUGGAGGAGAGAAGAAACAGAGCGCAGUCGACACUUAGAUGCAUACAUAGUUGGACCGGCAACAAAAGCAAGACGUUCCUUACUGCA